AUGAAAUAUUCAAAGAACUCAGUAUUCAAACAUUAAAUAAUAGAAUAACAAAAAUAGGCAAACCCCUCCAUUUUAGAGGUAUAAGAUACCCUAGCCCAAAAACAUCCUCGAUUGCCAAAAGCCAUAUUGCAAUCUAAGAUCAAGAUUUAUUUCCAAGAUAAUGUUAUCAAAGAAUAAAAGGAAGUCAAAGAUGUGGUGGUAAUUGAAGAUAAACAGCCUUAAAAAAAAGUUAAACUCGAUAAUGCCAAUAAUAAUUAAAACAGCAAUAUUCCAAAGAAUAAUGCAUCUUAAGUGUUAGACGAAGAAACCUUGAUGUAAUUCCCUACUUUAAAUGACGUUGGAGGAAUCGAAUCAAUCAAAUCUUAAAUAGAAUCCAUGAUAUACAUGCCAUUAUAAUAUGCACACAUAUUUACAGAGUUGGGAAGCAAUGCUCCAAAGGGAAUAUUAUUAACUGGUGCUACUGGUUGUGGAAAGACUUACCUUGCAAAGGCAAUAUGUAGAGAUCUCUAUUAGCAAUUUAAAUUGAAUAUCUUUAUGAAGAAUGGAGCAGAAAUAGUAGCUUCGUUGAGUGGAGAAUCAGAGAAGAACAUCAGAUAAUUGUUUUAAUAAGCAGCUCAAGAGGCUCCCUCUUUAGUUUUUAUAGAUGAUAUCGAUGUGAUAGCAGGUGAUCGAGAUAAAGCAAAUAAAUAGAUGGAAAAGAGAGUAGUAACUUAAAUAAUGGGUAGUUUAGAUUAGCUUCCUAAUAACGUAUUUUUAAUAGCUACCACGUCUCAUCCAGAUUAAUUGGAUCCAGCACUGAGAAGAAGUGGAAGAUUUGACAAAGAAAUCAUGAUAACUGUUCCUACAGAUGAAUAACGAGAAGAUAUCUUAAAGAAAUUGAUUAAACCAUUGAAAGUCAAUAAUAUUGAUUUUUAUAGUUUGUCCAGAAGAACUCCUGGUUAUGUUGCUUCAGAUUUAUUUUCAUUAAGUAAAGAGGCAGCUGUAGAGGCGGUUAAACGAUUAAUAUCUAGUGAGGAAACUGUAGAGAUACUACCAAUAGACUUUGAAAUGGCACUGAAAAAAGUACAACCAACAGCAAAGAGGGAGGGAUUUGCAGUUAUUCCGGAUGUUACUUGGUCUGAUAUAGGAUCCUUAUAAGAACUAAGAAAAGAGUUAGACAACUGUUUAGUGUUGCCAAUUCAAAAUCCAGAGGUUUUCUAAAAAUUCAAAGUGAGACCACCUGCUGGAGUUUUAUUAUGGGGACCACCAGGUUGUGGAAAAACCUUAUUGGCAAAAGCAGUGGCUAAUGCUUCAAGAGCUAAUUUUAUUGCAGUGAAAGGACCUGAGAUAUUAAAUAAAUAUGUUGGAGAAUCUGAAAAGGCCAUUAGAGGACUAUUUACUAGAGCCAGGGCUUCGUAGCCUUGCAUCAUAUUCUUUGAUGAAAUAGAUGCAAUUUGUCCAGUCAGAGGGAAUGAGGGAGGAGGAUAAGUCACUGAGAGAGUUGUAAAUUAAUUAUUAACAGAAUUAGAUGGAUUUGAAGAUAGGAAGUAGGUAUUUAUAAUAGCUGCCAGCAACAGACCAGACAUUCUUGAUCCAGCCAUUUUGAGACCUGGUAGAAUUGAUAAACCUUUAUAUGUUCCUUUGCCUGACGAAUCAGGAAGAGAAGAUAUUCUCAGAACUUUAGCCAAAAAGUCACCAAUAGAUGAUGUGGAUUUCAAAGAAUUGGCUAAGCGCUGUGAAAACUUUACUGGAGCCGAUUUAUCUAACUUGGUUACUACUGCAGCCUUGGAUGCUAUCAUUUCUUCAUAAAAUGUGAUAACUCAAAAUAACUUCAUCAAUUCUUUGAACAAAAUCAGACCAUCUAUUAACGAUGCGGACAGGAGAGCCUAUGAAAAAUUGCGUUAAAAAAUAUAAAUGUGA